UUGUCUCAGGAAGUGAUUUCUCUCGCGGUUUUCAGAACUCAGCCUCAUCUUCUGAUCAUUUCAUGCAGAAAACCACAUUUUAAAAGCACAGUCCUCGUCAGGCACUUACCCACUAAAAGAUUUACCAGGUUCGUAUUAAUUCUAAAUACUGAUGAUUAUUUAGGGCAGUCGGGUUAUGAUGGCCGGUGUACUGGGAUGUUAUAAUUUUAAAUUAGCUGUGAUUGAUUGCGCAUGCAAAUAUUCUAAAGUGAAAGUCAGCUACAGUUUAUUCAAUUGUUGACAAACUGCUUGUAAAAUCCUCAACAUUUAUCCUUUUACCAGUUAAUUGGACGUGCAGUUUAUAAAAAAUGAUUAAGUAUAAGUGUCACUGUAAUAAUAAGUCCUAUACAUGUUACUGUUACAGUUUAGAAAGAUUUGCAAACGCAUUCAAUAAUUUUAGAUUAAAUUGUAUGCAGCUCUUGAACUGUUAAUGUGGAGCCAUAGGAGGAGUUGAAUCAUUUAGUGUUUUCACAUAUAUGGAGGCGUUUAGAAAAAAUAAAAAAAAAAAAAAACCUUUCUGAAUGCAAAAUUGAAAUUAAGCAUUUGCUUAUGCAAAGUAUUCAAAUAAAUUAUUAUAUUCUGUUCCACGCACAUGAGAAAAAAACUGUUUUUGUUUUCUGCAGAACUACUACUAGCAUUUUGAUUUUGAUUACUAUCAUUGGGGCAUUGUUUGUUUUAUAUUGAACUCAUUACCUUCAUGGCAGGAUGACACAGUUGCUCUUUAUUACGCACAGAGGCCACACUGCUCGGUAUCGGCCCGUCGCUCUCCUCCUCAGGGUAGCAGCUCGGGGCCUGUCGGCGUCAUCCUCCACUUUUAUCGGCUCUGGCUUCAUAUCUCCACCGACAUGUUGUCCGGAUGCAGCGGCCGUACUGCGUCUAAUCGAGCCGGGACAUGUGGCGCUUUGAUUUCCUGUCCUCUUUCCACUGAUACGAAAACCUUGAAUCUUGAAAUCCAGCAGCAGCAGCAGCAGCAGAGACCAGAUCAAGUGUGCGCAGAGUUGAGAGCGAGCAGUGACGGGACUCUCUGCAGCUGGAUCUUCAUCAGCACCGCAGCUCUCGGGCCACAUCAGAGAUGCCUCGCUCCUUCUUGGUGAAGAGUAAGAGGGCGCACAGCUACCACCAGCCCCGCUCUUUGGUGGACGAAUACAGCAGGCUGGACUCGCUACUGGCGCAUAUAUGCUCAGAGCCAGAUAAACUCCCCGGUGACACCGACAUGACGGUGGACAGUUAUGGGCUCUCUCCGGAUUCCCCUCUGGCCGACGUCGCCGACUACUGCCCCAAGUCCCCGCUGAGCUGCCCCGGCAGUCUGUGUGCUCCGUCCCCGGACUACGAGGACAUCUGGAGGCCUCCGUCUCCCUCUGCAUCGCCAGCCGACUCGGACAAAUCUCUGUCCCCCCUGGUGGACGAGACCCAGCCCUUCACCGUGCCCUUCCGGCCGUACGCCUGGACUAGCUACCAGGGGCCCGGGCUGAGGCCCCUGGUGCAGCCGAAUCUCCACCGCCACUCCGGCCUGGAGGUGGACAGGGGCGCGGCGGCGAUUUCCUUCUACGGGGAUCAUGGCUCGCACUCGGCGCUGUACACGGAGCGCGUCCUGGGCGAGGAGGCGUACGGUGAAUACAGGAGACACGCCGCCGCCGCUGCCGCCGCCGCCGCUCUGCUGUUUCCCGACGGAGGCCUGCAGGGGAAAGCGCACGGUGCCAAGGCCCCGUCUGAGCUGCUGUGUCCCAGCCUCAUCUUGAACGGUGCCUACAAGUGCAUCAAGUGCAGUAAGGUGUUUUCCACUCCACACGGUUUAGAAGUCCACGUCCGGAGGUCGCACAGCGGCACCAGGCCGUUUGCGUGCGACAUGUGCGGGAAAACCUUCGGCCACGCAGUGAGCCUGGAGCAGCACAAAGCCGUGCACUCGCAGGAGAGAAGCUUCGACUGCAAAAUCUGCGGCAAGAGCUUCAAGAGGUCGUCCACCCUGUCCACGCACCUGCUGAUCCACACCGACACGCGGCCGUACCCGUGUCAGUACUGCGGCAAGAGGUUCCACCAGAAGUCUGACAUGAAGAAGCACACGUUCAUCCACACAGGCGAGAAGCCGCACAAAUGUCAGGUGUGUGGGAAAGCGUUCAGCCAGAGCUCCAACCUCAUCACGCACAGCAGGAAACACACCGGCUACAAACCGUUCGGCUGCGACCUGUGCGGCAAAGGGUUCCAGAGGAAGGUGGACCUGAGAAGACACAAGGAGACGCAGCACGGACUGAAGUGAAGGAGACACUGUGUCCUCUCAUGGUCUGACACACACAGACGGACAUUUUACGCAAAGACAUUUAAAUCCCAAAUCGCCCUGUUUGAGGACAUUGCUUGGAUUAAAGGAUCACGCCGAUCCUCUAUUUAAAAAAACUUAAAUGUGAAAAUUGCAUUGAGAAUAUAUUUAAUAUUUGUUUCUAUUUAUUCUAUCAAAGAAAACAUGAAAUAGACAAACGGGUUUUUUUCAUUGUGAAGACAUGUGAGCAACACUAAACUCCAGGCUGCUGUCAGGCCAAACGAAAAGCUGUCACUGUGACAUGAUGAAUAAAAACCCAUGAGUAUGA